GCUACUUGCUGUUUGUUUGUGUGUGAGUGAGGCACUAGAUGUCGUUUAGAUAUGCUGACGAGUAUGGUGUUUGCUUUGGUGCAGCUAUCUUUAUCGCUUGCUUUUGGUCUGGCAAUAGUGCUGUCAACAUCAUAACCGCCUUGGCUUGUUUGGCCUUCCUUUCAAACGGAGGCCUUACUCUCUACGUUUUCAGCGUUGUAGGCGAAAAGUAACCUGCUAGCACUCUUGUUGAAUUCGCCAGUCUAAUUAUACCUUACAGGAAAAAACUCGCCCACACAAGUUGCUGACAGGCAUCAUGCUAGUAUAGAUGCUGCAUGUCUUCGGCUCUGACAGGGAUGACGGCGUGAUAAUUGUUAUAGACCACUCAGGGUUUGGAUGCUUCGGGUUGUACAUAUCGGUCCGUGGAGUAGCAGCAUCGCUUUCUCGAAGAACUUGUCAUGUCUCCUUAGCCUAGUAUCCGAGUCGAUCAAUGCCACACCACCUCCUGAUCGCCCAUGCGAACUGUCCACACAGCAAAGUACGUUGGAAAAUAGAUGCCCAGGGUCCGCAUAUAAAAAUUUCAACUUGAAAUUUAUGUACUUGUCAAUGAUUCACAUAUUUGAGCUUUGAGUUUCUUCAGCACUG